GACAUGCUGGUGACAGAGCUGUAGGUAGGUUGUUGCUGCUGGGUAUGCUUGACAUCAAGGAUAGCAAAAAUGUUUAGAAAGUUAUUUAACCUGCUAGUAGUUUUCGCUGUUAUUAGUCUGGCAUGUUUUGUUCUGUUUUUUUUACAGAGCAAAGAUCACUUUUCAUUUAUUGUUCCUAAGUCACAUUUUGUGGCAGAGGGAAACAAAGUAUUUUCAUGGGGAGCAAAACAAGAUGUCAAGCAGGCGUGGGUGAGGACGAUUACAGUGGAAAGUCCCAGCAAUGAUACUACUCAGAGACCAGCUAAUGUCACCAGAACUUUGGGACCCUGCCCUGAAACCCCUCCAAAUCUCGUAGGUCCGCUUUAUGUGGGCUUUGAUUUUAGAAGGACUUUGGAAGAUGUGAGAACUCUCUUCAAUUCUUCUCUUAAAGAGGGAGGAAGGUUUAAGCCAAGGGACUGCAUCGCAGAACAGAAGGUGGCAAUCAUCAUCCCAUUCCGGAAUCGGCACGAGCACUUGAAGCACUGGCUUUAUUACCUCCAUCCCAUACUGAUGCGACAGCAGGUGGAUUACGGAGUGUAUGUCAUCAACCAGGAUGGAGAUGGAGUGUUCAAUCGGGCUAAACUGAUGAAUGCGGGAUAUAUCGAAGCACUCAAGGACUACGAUUAUGACUGCUUUGUCUUCUCUGAUGUAGACCUGGUUCCUCUAGACGACCGUAACCUCUAUAGAUGUUAUGACAACCCACGACACUUGGCUGUGGCCAUGGACAAAUUUAACUUCCGAUUACCCUAUCAAACCUACUUUGGCGGGGUCUGUUCGAUGUCCAAGGAUCAAUUCCUGAAAAUUAAUGGCUUCCCGAACACUUACUGGGGCUGGGGCGGCGAGGAUGAUGAUAUCUACAAACGAGUAAUCUUACGUGGAAUGUCCGUUUCUCGACCUAACUAUGUGAUAGGGAAAUACAGGAUGAUCAGACAUGAAAGAGACUUGCAUAAUGAACCUAAUCCGGUUAACCCUGACAAACUGCUCCAUACCAGGUGGACACUAGAUAGGGAUGGGAUUAAUUCCCUCAAAUACACAGUCAAGGCUAUUGAGAAGGAUAUUUUGUUCACUUUUAUCACUGUAGAUAUUGAUGCUCCACCAGCCUGAAUGAGGUUGCAACUUGUGGCUCUUGGGCAGCUGUUCCUUAUUGACUCAUUUCUGUUUUGAUCUCAGGACUUGAAUAAGAAUUGACUGCUCUGUAAUUGGUGAAUUUAUGUUCAUCAGUGUUUGGAAACUAUGUACCCCAGUGCGCAUGUACUGUACAAAGAAUUGAGUCAGUUCUUCUCAGGCGCUUUGAUCCAGUCCUCAAAUGACAAUCAUUCUCAAAGUGAAAUUAUUCUUUAUAGCUCAUUAAUCAGUAGUAUUUGUCUGUUAUAAGAACAGAAGGAUCAAAUUGCUCCUAUGUGUGAAUUUUAAUAGCACAAGUCUCGUCCUCAGGCUUCUGCUAAAUACAGACAUUAUCCACCCUAAAUACUAACAGUCCACAUCCACGCCAACAAAAGGAAAAAGGUGACAUCUUUCACCUGUUGACAAUAGCUUACAGUCAAAUUAGAAAUAGCUACUAAUCAGUUAUAUACAAAGGAGAAAAAUGUAACAUUAAUUACAUCCAUCCAUUCUCUUGCACUUAUCCUGUUUAGGGUCGCUGGAGCCUAUCCCAGGUGACACUGGGUGAGAGGCAGGGCACACCCUGUAUGG